CAGCCAAGUACCUUGGACAGGGCCUUCAAAACAAAUGGCAUGGUUCAGUGGUCAGUAGUCACAUGCCUUUUGAUGCCCUAUGUAGAAAAUUAAUUGCACUGUGAGAGUUAAUAGAUGUUUGUGGAGAAAACAGCCAAUUAAAAUUUUCCCACAAGUUGCCUGAAGAAAUGGCACAGCACCGGUCAUUAAUAUACCGAUACUUGCUAAAAGCUAAGUUUAGGUUUGACUACUGGAUCCUACAUGUAUGCUCUCCACCACAAUUCCAUAAAUACCGGAUCUUGGCAGUAUAUACCAGCAUGCCUUCAUUACUUCACAUGUAUUUCUGUAAUUCUGCAUCUUUAGUGUUAGCUUCCUUGAAGUACAUGUAGUCUAAUAAAUCAUAAGGGAGGUUUAUGAACCGGUACUUGUAACACAUUGCGUAGGGGUAGCCUUUUGACGUCAGUCUAUCUCGUCCAAGUAACGCUGAUGGCAAGAGAUCUUGAAGUAGAGGCAGAUGUGGCAUAAAUGUGCAUAAAAUCAAUACUAGGAAUCCUCCUAGUGUCUUGCCUCCCAAGCAUUUGUGCCAUAUGGUUUGAGCAUAGGAAAUUCCCACUUACAGGACAGUGUAAAAUCUCCCAAAAUGACGCAUACCGGUAGCAGUUGGAAACAGUUUGCUGAUUGUACCAGUCCAUGUCAACACUAAGUGUUGUUGGUACAUGUAGUUGCCUUUGGAGCCCUGCCAAGCCAGCGAUACUACUCCAAUUCUAGUCAUCAUGGCUUUGACAUCCGUCGCCAGGAUGCUGUUGACUCUCUUGAUUGCAAUUUGGGCACAGAGUGGCUCAGCAAUUGCGUUCAAUGCUACAUUACUGCCUUCAGGGGACACUGUUGUUAAUGGAUCUGACUUGAACCUAACUUGUACACUCCAUGGACAGCUCAAUGGUAAAACAGCAGCAGAUAUACAUUGGAUUGCCUGCUUAAAAGUAAACAGUGACUGUGGUCCAAUCUCAACAAGUCAUCGUGUGGAGGUCACAAACAGUCGUACUUCCAUCUUACACCUGCAAGACCUCCGAAUGCCUGAAGAAGGAGGCAAUGAAGGAAUGACGUAUCGUUGCUGCUUCAACUGUGACGGUUGGAAUCCGAACAACUAUCAAACAUCAGCAACAGUCUAUGUAGGACUUCCUCCAUUUCCAGUGGAGAAUUUGCAGUGUUCCAGUCGAAACAUUUCCAAUUUUACUUGUUCUUGGGACAGAGGGCAGUACACUGGACUUGGUAUCAGGAAUACAUAUGUUCGAUACAAGGAGAGAGUAUCCUCUGGCAAUUGGAAAACAAUCACACUGGGAAGGGACAUUUACUCGUUCACACAGAAAGCAUUAAUGUUUGAGAUGGAGAUCCAUGUUGUUCAAGAAAACCCUUUAGGCAACUCCUCAAAUACCAAGAUUUUGUUUUCGACACUCACUGAGACCAUUCCCAACCCACCGACAGGGCUGAACCUUACUUUUCUUCAGCAUGGAGAUUUUACUACAGACAUGUGGCUGUCUUGGGAGAUACCCAAUGAGUGGUUGGAGAAACAUAAAAAUGCGUUGCUGUAUAAAUUUUAUUACAAGAAUGGGAGAACAAAUGAAACCAUCAUAGUGGAGUUGAACAGAGUGGAAAGUGUGGAGAGGGGGUACCUUAUUGAGAAGGUUGAACCUUACACCAACUACAUGGUGAGAGUUGCAUGUCAGUUGAACAGUGCAUCUUUUUGGAGUGAGUGGUCUCCAUUGGUGUCUGGAGUCUCUCCAGAAGCAGCACCUAGUGGGAGAGUUGUUGAUCUCAUUCAGUCUGUGCUUGGUGUCAACCCAAAUCCCUACAAGAGAGAUGUGCAACUGACUUGGCAGCCUCCUCGUUUGGAUGAACAAAGUGGAGUUAUCAGAGGAUAUCACGUGAAUAUCUCAUCAAAUUCUCUUCCUGAGACACUCAAUGUCACUGUGGCUGAAAACAUGUAUGAACUCCCUGACAUAGAUAAGUUUCACCAGUAUGAUGUCCACAUUGCUGCAUAUACGACAAAGGGGGCUGGGCCCUACUCGCAUCUUGUCAUACCUGAUUUAACAACAGAGCCAGCUCAAGUCGAAAACCUUGUGGCAAAUUCAGAUGCUCCAAACAGAAUCGUGGUUGCAUGGGCUGAACCGUCCAAUCCACAUGGAGAGAUUCUCAAGUAUGUUGUAAAAUGGAACGUCGCAUCAAGCCCAGACAACGUCCAUGCAGCUGAACCUUUGGACAGGGAAAAGCAAAAAUUAAUUAUAGACGGACUUCAGCCCUAUACAAAAUAUGACAUAUGGGUCAUCAUCCACAACAAGGUUGGAAAGGGUCAACCUGUCACAGAUACUGUCACAACACUGUUUUCUGUACCAACUCGGCCAAGAAAUGUGCGUUCCCACAAAUCCUCAUCAACAGAGAUUGAGCUGAGGUGGGAACCACCUGAGACUAUCAAUGGACCAUUUUUUGGUUAUGAGGUUCAUUAUUGGCCAAGCAGUGACCCACAAAGUAGCACCAAUAAGUCGGUGUCUGUAACUCAGGCUGUACUCAGUGUUGACUGCUCCAUGUUUGAAGAAGCUAUCCCAUUCAUGUUUAAGAUCUUUACUGUUACUGGAUGGAAUGAAGAAGACAAGUUACUAGGGGAACCGGUGUUGUUGGAGAAAGAGAUGUGUGGUACUGACUUGCCCACUACCGCCAUCAUCAUUGCUGUGCUCAUCAGUGCUUUUUCAAUCUUACUGCUUGUCUUCUGUUUUUAUACUGUCCGUCACUCUGCACUUAUGAAACCAUCUCCUAAUCCUUACUUCAUUGACGGUAUUCUGGAGCCUUCAAGUGAGAAAUUUAAGAGUCGUGUGACUUUUCACCAAGAUAAAGAAGAUUUUGAUGUUUUGAACACUUGCGAGUCAUUCCAAGAGUUGAUCAUUCAAGAGUCGCAGGUUACAUCUAAUAAGAGCAGUUUAAGUACAAGCUCAGGUUCCAGUAGUGAUCAGGGAUUCCAUGACAUGCAGUCAGAUGCUGAAACUUAUAAUCAAACCCUCAUGAAUGAACACAGACGACCCAACACUCGCUGUUCAAGCGGCUAUGGUCAUUCUGAGCUUGAUCUAGAGCAAGGACAGAGAAUGCUGUCACCAAUGGAGGAGUAUCGUGAAGAUGAGGUUCCUGUCUUCAGUUGUCCUGAAGAUGGUGACGAUUGCAUUGUCCCAGUUACCAGCUAUAUGAUGCAGACUGCUGACAAGGAAAGCCCACUGCCAAGUCCAGAAGCAGUCCACAUACCCAUGGGUAGCAGGGAAAGUGUCCAGUACACAUCAAGGCGCGCAUCUCCUGUCCUUGGAGUAUCACAGUCAUCUUCUAGAUCACCACAUCGUCUGUCCUCAGGAAGUGAAUCUGACAGCAUGACCUAUCUUCAGUUAGGAGCUAAUCACCCUGCAUCAACUUCCCAGAAUAAAGUAGCAAGACAGGACAAAGGAGAAGAGUCUGAUAUUAACUACAGUCAAAUGGCCAUUCAAGGUACAGUCUCUGUCCAGACACCCCCAUACGAGUCUGUCUGGCCUUCGGAGUCAAGCCCGGAGGAGUUGGACUCGCAUCCGGGUGCCGUGAACCCAGACUGGAUCAAUGGAUUCCGCACUGAUCUUGGCUUUAACAACAACAGCAAGGAGAUUCCGGAUAUCCACUCCGUUAGCUCUUUCAAAGCACCACAGGAGGUUAUUGUGGCGACGGCGCUCUCACCACAAACACCCAACAAAUCCAGCAGUCCCGAGGUUGACAGGCCAUUGUUGCCAAAAUUGUCCUCUACAGAUAGUGAGGAUUACAUCGAUAUUGUUGGUGGAAACAGCUCCCCAAGGGCUAACCCUUCACAAUUCUCUCUGCCAUUGAUGAGUCCAAAUAGCAGGAAUGAUGCUAGCUGUAUGGACUAUGUCUUACAGUCAGAGCUGCCCCCAGCUAGUCCACAAGAAAGUACAGUCCUUUGAGCUUCCGGCCAAAGAGUUUAUUCUUAACUAAGAUGGUUGACUUGUGACAGUGAUGACCUGGUUGCUCAAUGCAUUGUUUUCUGAGGGCACUGUGAGACAUCCUUAUUAAAAACAAGUUGGAUCAGAUAUGAAGAGAUACCAUACAAGUUAAGAAUUGUGCCUGCUCCUAAUUGAUGGUGUAAUUGAAUUAUUGGCCGAGUGUAUGAUUAAUGAGGGCGCGAUUUAAUACUUUCAACAAAUAGUCAAAAAGUCAUCUCAUUAUUACAAAGAUACAGUUACAAAUAGGCAAGAUGUAGGCUUUGCUCGCCAUUAAUGUUGUUCUAAUUUUCCUGAGAGUUCAGGAUAUUGUUACAAUUGUAACAUGGAUUAGGAGUGGCACCUUCCUGUGGAAUCUCUUUGGGCCAUGUUGUCAAAUGUGUCUGGAAAAUCAAACAGUGACUUUGAUUAAGUAUGCUUAUUCUGGCAUUGCUUUAUUUCUCUGUUGUGCUUGGUCCAAUUCCAAUCAAUGCCACCACUUUAAUUGACUUCUCAAUACCUUAAAGUGUAAUUCAUCAAGCAGAGUUACAAGCCAUUACUGCGUUGGCACAAUGAUUGUGGAGAGGUGGUACAUAUGUAUGCAUAUUACAUGUGUCCUUGACCAAUGAGGUGUCACAGUUGCAAUGUCUCCUUGGACAACUUCAAAUCAGCAUUCAUUAUUGGAUUUCUUUCCAGCAAAGCAUUGUAAAGUUUGCUUGCUGAAAAUAUCUGUAAAUACAAGGUGCUCUUGUCUGCAUUUGGCAUCUACUUAAUUAGUUGAUACAGAGAACAGAACAUCAGGGGACAAAUGUCAUUCUCGAAAAAUGUAAAGUUGCUGACUGCCACUUUGAAAUGAUUUACAUUGUUUGAGGGAAUAGACCUGUUUCAAACCACCAAUUUUGUAUUCAAAAGCUUUCAAAAGAGCUUGCCUAAUACUGUCAAAAUUA